AGCUGUCUUUUCCGCAAAGCCCUAAAUCGAAGUUUUCUAUUAGUUUCGUUGUCUGUCAGAUCGUUGAAAUCCGAAGAAAAGAAGGAAGAGAUCGUCAAAUGCUUCAACCCAUAGCUGACCGAAGGGCGGAUCUGCGUAUGUAAAUACACAAAUAGGCAUACGCACGAGCGGUAUUCGGUUCGAACUCUUAAUUCGUGCCCUUAGCUGACAGUUCGUGAAGCAAAGAUGGUGAAGCUGACAAUGAUUGCUCGUGUUACUGAUGGGCUUCCACUGGCUGAGGGACUUGAUGAUGACCGUGAUCUGCAAGAUGCUGAAUUUUACAAACAGCAAGUCAAGGCUUUGUUCAAAAAUCUCUCAAGGGGCCAGAAUGAGCCUUCAAGAAUGUCGAUUGAAACCGGGCCAUAUGUUUUCCAUUAUAUCAUUGAAGGGCGUGUUUGUUAUUUGACUAUGUGUGACCGUUCAUAUCCAAAGAAACUUGCAUUCCAGUACCUGGAAGACCUCAAGAAUGAGUUUGAGCGAGUUAAUGGGAGUCAAAUUGAAACUGCAGCUAGACCUUAUGCUUUCAUCAAAUUUGAUACAUUCAUACAGAGAACCAAGAAACUGUACCAGGACACACGAACCCAGCGGAAUAUUGCAAAGCUAAAUGAUGAACUCUAUGAAGUUCAUCAGAUUAUGACUCGCAAUGUACAGGAAGUUCUGGGUGUUGGUGAAAAGUUGGACCAGGUCAGCCAAAUGUCUAGCCGUUUGACCUCAGAAUCUCGCAUAUAUGCUGAUAAGGCUAGAGAUUUAAAUCGACAGGCUUUGAUUCGGAAAUGGGCCCCUGUUGCCAUUGUUCUUGGAGUAGUUAUUCUCCUUUUCUGGGUGAGAAAGAAAAUUUGGUGAUCUACCUCUCUCAUUCUGUUUGGAAGCUCUGCAUCAGUUUAUCCAGGUUUCCACCUGUUGCUUCAGUCUACUUCUUGCGAGAAGACCUCGUCACAUAUAUGGGGUGGCUGAUCCACACGAAUGUUACCUAAAAAAAAUGAAAAAAAAAAAAAAAAAUUGGCCUUAAAGAUGACUACCAUUUUUGUUUGUGGCAGUUAGUUUUAGUCUCUAGCAAUGGCGUUCUUGAUAUGGAGACACAGAUGGAUCAUGCCAUCUAAAAUUUAAUGGGAAGACCCUGAUAUGUGAGGGUUGGAUUGGGAUACCUGACAUAAUAGUUACAAAAUUUGAAUUGUUCCUGGCCA